CAGGAAAGAAGCAGAUGAUAUGGCAGCUUUGAGAGCGACCAGGUGGAACUUGCUUUGUUAACACGGCUAAACGUUUGAUUAUGAGAACGCUUUGACUCUGAAACGACAGCUGCUCGAAAUGAUUUACGUAAUAUUGAUUUCCGCUUUCUCCGGAGCAGUCGUUACGUUGAUAUUACAGUUCUUGCUGAUAUACCGAAGAAGCCCCGAGCCCAUAGGCAGGACAGUGCAGUAUGUCAAAGUAGUGCCUGAUAACGCGUUGAAGGAUUACUUUAAUACCCAUCAUGCCGAGCCAGGCCAGCAGCAGCAGGACAGCCCAGCAUCUGCUUCAUCCAAACAGCAAGAGGCCGUCUCAGCACGGCAGCCGGAAGCGGCUGUCAUCAGCGGCAGCCCCAAACAACAGCCGCCACCGCCUUCCCAAAGCGAGCCCGCUGAUGCGGCUAAACCUGAAACGUGCAAUUUCUUAAAUGCUAUAUUUUUGUUCCUUUUCAGGGAGCUCAGAGACACCCCUGCAGUUAGACACUGGCUCACCAAAAAGAUCAAGGUGGAGUUUGAGGAGCUACUGCAAACCAAGACAGCUGGUCGGCUUCUGGAGGGACUCAGUCUCAGGGAUUUCUCCCUAGGCAAUUCUCUGCCGGUCUUUAAAACGGCCAAACUUAUGAAGCCGGUGCAUCUGAACGAGGACGGCAUGCCCGACGAACUCAACUUCGAGGUGGACAUAGAAUACAAUGGCGGCUUUCACCUCGCCAUCGACGUCGAGCUGGUGUUUGGGAAGUCUGCCUACCUGUUCGUUAAGAUGAGGCGCGUGGUGGGUAGGCUGAGGCUGCAGUUCACGCGCAUGCCCUUCUCCCAUUGGUCCUUCUCCUUCCUCGAGGACCCGCUGGUGGAUUUUGAGGCGAAGUCACAGUUUGAAGGAAGGCCGCUGCCCCAACUCACCUCCAUCAUAGUCAACCAGCUGAAACGGGUCAUCAAAAAGAAACACACCUUACCUAACUACAAAAUCAGAUACAAGCCCUUCUUCCCAUUCCAAGUACAGCCCCCUCUGGGUCCGGCUUGUGAUUUGGACCUGUCAGUCCAGGACAGCAGGCUGGUGGAAGGCCGACUGAAAGUCACCCUCACUGAAUGUAGCAGACUGUUCAUCCUGGGCUCCUAUGACCGAGAAACCUACGUCCACUGCACACUGGAGCUGAGCAGCCAUGAGUGGAAGGAGAAGACUCGCAGCUCUAUCAAACGGACGGAGGUUAUCAAGGGGCCAUGUGGCAGUGUGGGGAUGACGUUCAGACACAUCCCUGCCAGCGACGGUGAUGCAGUGCACGUCAGCAUUGAGACGGUCACACCCAACUCCCCUGCAGCCUUGGCAGACCUGCAGAAGGGUGAUCGCCUGAUUGCCAUCGGAGGUAUUAAAGUGACAUCUUCGGUUCAAGUGCCCAAACUGUUGAAGCAGGCUGGAGACAGGGUGGUGGUACUUUAUGAGAGACCAGUUCGUCACCAGACUACCUCUUUUGGAAGCCUGGGAACGCUUCAAGAAGGGUUUGGGCCGCUAGAGGAAACUGGUUUUAUUUCGCAGCCAGGGGGUUAUGAGGAAGACCCAGCCCCCAUCACCACCCUUUCUGACAUAUCCGACAGCAAAGACAUGGACUCUGAAUUUGAAGAGUUGAUUGUGGACUCCAGACCUAGCCAGACUGGUGGCCCUAACAUAAGUGCCACAAAUACCAGUGACACUAAGGAUGAUUCCUUUCUUACAGUAAACCAAAGCCCCAAAAGGACUGUGGCCACCUUGGCCUCUAAGCCCCUUGGUUCCAUAUCACCUAUCCUCAACCGCAAGUUAAACUUAGUGGGUCUCCAGUCACCACUAAAGCCCCAGCCCAAAGAAUCACCAAAGCCCUCACCACAUAAGACCAGUAGUGAUCCAGGGGAGGGUCUGCAACGCCCCACUGCCCCCCCGCCGCCGCCUCCUUCUCGCCCCCCAGUGCCACCAAGACCUCAGAUAAGGUUGACUUCAACCUCCUCAGAAACCAGCGUUUUGGAAGGCAUUGAUUCUGUUACAACCACUAAUGCCCCUGUUGCUCCUACCACAAAUACCAUCAUCAGCGCUUCUGAAAAAUCUCCAGAAAAAGCUCCUCUCAUUGGAGCCAAUGAAGACAAGGCUUGCACUGAGAAGACAUGUGUCAAACAGGUUGAGGCGAAGCAGUCUACCAAGCCAGCAGAGUCCAGUGAUGACCUGGCAGUCCCUUCUACUGUGUCCAGCAGCAGCAAAGCCGAUCAAGCAAAGGACAAAGCUUUAGAGAGCUCCUGCAGCACACGGGACAGUCUGGAGGACCACUCCUUCUGGGAAUCCCCAGAGACUAUGUUUCGUAACCAGACAGCACACUGGGCCAAGGCCUCUGUGGUCUUUGAAGUGGAAAGCAAUCAGAAGUACCUUAAUGUGGCCCUGUGGUGCAAAGAUCCCUUUAAGCUUGGCAGUUUGUUGUGCCUGGGUCAUGUCAGCCUCCAGCUGGAGCAUGUAGCCCUGGAAUGUAUGGCCACAUCUUCAGCAGAGUUCCAGAGCACCUUUAGAUUGGGGCCUCCAGAGCCUAGAGCAAACGUCAGCCGCACCGCGCUACGCAGCCUCAGCACCCACAAGGGCUUCAAUGAGAAGUUGUGUUACGGAGAUGUCACUCUGAACUUCUGUUACUUAGCUGAGGGUGAGUUAGAGUAUCCUGGGGGGCUGGCAGAAAGAGAGCGACAGGGGAGUCUCCAUGACGAGGAUCUAAGGGAGAGAGAGAGGGAGCAUAUCCCCUCAGCACCGCGUGAUGAUCUGGCCUACAGCACCAUGCAAUUAGUUGAAGUUCGUCACAACUUCCAGGACACCCAGUUCCAGAACCCCACCUGGUGUGAAUAUUGCAAGAAGAAGGUUUGGACCAAGGCGGCAUCUCAGUGUAUGAUCUGUUCCUACGUUUGCCACAAGAAGUGUCAGGACAAGUGCCUUGCUGAGAAUCCCUUCUGUGUGGCAGCAACUGAACGUCGUGGAGCUGACCCUGAAGCCAAAUCCACUAUAAACCGGGCUACUACUGGCCUAACGCGCCAUAUCAUCAACACCAGCUCCCGCCUGCUUAACCUCCGCCAGGUGCCCAAGACUCGGCUGGUUGAACAGGUGGCUGAUGUGGGGCCUGGAGUGGUGGAACCCUCACCGAAGCAUACCCCAAACACUUCAGACAAUGAAAGCAGUGAUACUGAGACCUAUACCAGUGGUGCCAGCCCCUCAAAGCAACCUGGCAGCAGCUGUGGCAGCAGUAAACUUGUACGCAAGGAAGGUGGGUUGGAUGACAGUGUGUUCAUUGCUGUGAAGGAGAUAGGUCGUGACUUGUACCGGGGGCUGCCCACAGAUGAGCGCUCCCAGAAGCUGGAGUUGAUGCUGGAUAAGCUUCAACAGGAAAUUGACCAGGAGCUGGAGCACAAUAACGCCCUCCUAAUGGAGGAGAGGGAGGCCACAGAUGCCCGACGCAAAGCCCUAAUUAGUACUGCCUUGGCCAAGUCUGGGGAGAGACUUCAAGCGCUCACCCUGCUAAUGAUCCAUUACCGGGCAGGCAUUGAAGACCUGGAGUCUGUGGAGAGCACCUCUCCUUCAGAGCAGCAAGGCUUUAAGGGCAAAGGAGAAGGGCUGGAGGAAGAGGCCCUGAUGGUGACAGAGGUCUAUGACAGUGAUACAUGCAGCCCUGUGGAGGUGCAGCUGCUGGAUGACAUUACUGAGGAGCAGAUCUGUGUGGAGGCACUCCACUAAAUAAGACUACAAAAGAGAGAGAUGAGGAACAAGUGCUUUGGGCUGGGCCUCCCACCAAAAAGAUUGUUUUUUAAGAUUGCAGAAGUUCAUUUGAAAUAUCGGGGAUGUUGGGUCCAGUGUUUGAUUCACAUGUUUUUUAUUUUUAUGUGAAAAAGAAAGGAUGGGUAAAGGAAUUUCCUCCCUUAGAGUUGAACCUAUAAGUGAUGUUUUGUUUUGCACAAUGUAAUGUCGUUUCCAUCUUGGUUUAAAGGGAAGCUUGUGAGCUACGCUAUUAUCUGGCCUCAGUAGUGCUGCAUGUUUAUCUUCCAGUUAUGUUUUUCUGUGGCUCCAACAUGUUAUUGUAAGCAUUUAAUUCAGUUUGCUUAUUGUCUGUAACUGCGUUGACAUAAGGACUUUAUAAAAUGUGCACAUUUCUGUGGUCUACUGUUCUGAAUCAUCUUAACUUUGGAGAGGAAAUAAUUGCUCAACAUUUGUUUGCUGUGAGUAACAAUAUGAAGGUGAACAGUGUGAAUACUGCAUCCCUGUAAAGACCCUGCAAACGGUCAUAUAUAUCUUUUGUUUUGAGCCUCUUUUUUUUUCUGUAACAUAUUUGGAUUUUGGCUCCAGUCAGAGCUCUUGGGAUUUCAAUGUCUGUACAAUUAUUGGUGGUAUCUAAUAAUCUGCCCCUUUCUUUUGAUGUAUUUAUUUGUAAUGGUUAGGCCAAACAUGUUUGACUAUGGGGCCAUGUAAGGAGAAGAUAAUUGUUCUGGGUUAUAAUUUUUAUAAUUUCAUUGUCUUUCCCAGUCACGUUUUGUUCUGAACAUUCCACCAAUUUCUAAAACUCAACUAUAGCACAUUGCAAACUGAUCAAAACUUUCAUGGGUGCAACAUGAGAAAAGCAUGUAAUUGACUUUUUUUGAUUGAUCUCUGAAUGAAUGUUGACCAGGGGCUCUCAAGAUGUUGAAAUUUAUUUAACUGCUUAAAUGCGUGUGCGUGUUUCCAUGCUUCAGAAAGUCAUGAUGUGAUUUAGUGCAGAUCAUUUGCCUUCAUGAGUUGUUUUCAUACACAAAUGAAUGUAUGUUAAGCCCUUUCUGUGUUUUGUGUAUCAGCAGUUUGGCCCUCUCUUCCCCCAUUUCCAUCAUCAAGCAUUAAUGUAGCCUGUUAAAGCUACAGCUUCAAAAAGCUAUGCUGUUCAUCUUAUCAUUUACACCCCUAGAGAGCCACAGGAAAAUAAGUGUUUGGAAAGGAAAAAUAUACACUAAAACACUGAAAAUGUUCUUAAUAUAUUUUGGUGGCGUUGUCCGUUUCUUUCGUUAUUCUGAUGGUUAUAUUGCCAAUCAGUUUCACCUCACAGAUUUCUUUCUAAUCAUAUCAACAGCAGUCAGCAGGUUUUGGUUUCUUUCAGAAUUGUGACAUUCAACAAGCAUACUGGGAAAACUCCAUUAAAGGAAACCACGUUCGAUUGAAAGUAAGUAGGCGUUCAGACCAAAAACAGCCCUGCGUUUAAAAAAAUUAGAUGAUGAAUCACGAUCCCGUAAGUCCUAUUGAGGUUAUAGAUCAAUGGGUUUAAAUGCUCAUCAGACACUAAAACACUGCACAGUGGUAAAUGUUACAAGGAAGGAUUUUUUCUUUUAUCACAGAAGCAAUCUUUUGCCUCGACAAUUAUAAGGGUAACAGUAGAAAUAUAAUGUUCACAGUACAUAGUAAUCUACCAGGAAUGUACAUUUGCAGUUUUUGAUUGGCCUCUGCAGCGCCUUGCCAGUUGAAACUGCAUUGCACUGAGGCAAAAGUGGAGGCGUUUCACGAUAGAGACCCUGCGUUGGCACCCCCGCUUGGCUUCCAGAGUACCCUCAUUCAAAUUAAUAAGGGAGCUGCAUGUUUUCACACUGUGCUGAUGGCGGUCUGAACGCAGCCUAACACCUUUAUAUACAUUCUCUGAGGGGUUUUUGAUAGGUGUUUUGGAAAAAGUAGGGUUAAGGCCUAAGUAUGUAUUAAAUGAAUGGUUUCCAAACUUACCAACACUGGAGACGGUCACACACAGGCCUUUUAUCUCCCACCUCACUUAAAGAAACUUUCAAGCUCUCUCAAAGUUGUUUUUCAGUCAUUUUAGCAAGUUUCAGCAGUCAUAGGAACACAGCACUUGCAGAUCAAGUGGAAAUGUGGGUGAUGAGCUUGCAUACUGAUUACCUACUUACAGAAGUUCAAGAUACCUGCAAAAUAGUCUAUAAAGCCUAUAAUUCUGUGCCUAUAUGCAGUAUCAUAUUGUUUCCUCACGGUCUGAAUGACCAUUACAGGGGGUUUGCACCACAGGUUUAGGGCUUGGGUUACAAUUUUCUUGAGACACCUUUAGAUUUUCUUGCUUGAAGUACAAAAACAAGCUGAUGGUAGAUUCAGCAAUUACGAAAAUGACAAGACAUCACCCAAAAUGCUUUGAACACCAGCUAAGUGCGAGUUAGCAGAAGGCAGAUUUUUUAUUUAAUGUUGUGUAACUCCAAAAGGUCUCGCCCAAGCUAAUGGGACAAUAUAGGUAAUAACCAAGACCCAGAGAAAGGAAAGGCACAUCAUUUCCUGUUCUUUUGUGUGUAAUAAAUGGGUUGCUCAUGUAGAUAUUGGCUUACUGGCUGCUAUGCUUGUCAAUCUCUCGCAGUUGUAUAUCCAGAUUUUUGUGCAAUACUGUAUUUUUGUAGGAAAGCUGAUAAUCGAAGCCUAUCCCUAUGUCUGUGAUUUCUCUUCUUUUCUCUUUAGAAAUGUGUAGUCUGUGUGCCCAUAUGUCUGGUAUUUCACAUGAGGGUUUUUGGGGACCAAUGAGAAACUGGGAGGAGUUCACUCUGUAAACUUCUCUUUUGGUGUGAGAAGCACUGCUGCUGCUGCUGCUGCUGUUACUAUGUGCUCUUCCACUGAACUCUAAAUCACAUGCUUCUGCCCCACCCUCCCCCAUCCCUAACCUUUGAAACUGCACUUACACUAUGACUGCCCACCACGGCUUUCAGCUGGGCAAGAUAGUGUUUGUUUCUUUUUGUGUAUGUGAGGGAUGUUGUACAGUUUUUGAGAAGGCUCGUGUGAUGAAGCUUCAUUGUACAUAAACUAAAUAAAGCGCAAAUGAAUCCCCA